UUGCUGAGUCAGAAAAGCCCAGCACCACUCACUCACUCUCUCGACCCAUCGGCCGAUCCCCUCCGUCGUCGGCGGCGCCGUCCGCCGCCCUGCGCCGCCUUCGAUCUCUCCACCCGCCGCUCCAAUCGGCCGAUCAGAGUCAGAUCAUGUCCGUGUCCCCGUAGGCUUCGGUGAUGGCUCCGCCGCGGCCGCGCUCCCCGCCGACGACCCGGGCCAUGCGGGCGCGCGCCGCCGCGAGCUCCGACAGGAUCCCCCCGGACGUGCUGUUCGACGUCCUCCUGCGCCUCCCGGCGAGAGACCUCUGCCGCCUCCGCGCCGUCUCGCGCUCGUGGCGCGCCCUCGCCUCCGACCCGCUCUUCGUCGCGGCGCACGCGGCGCGCCAUGGGGGCCCUCUCUUCCUGGCCAUGUUCCAGGACGACAAGACGAGCGUCUACGCCGUCGAUCUGUCCGGCGACGUCGUGAAGCGGGUCGCCGCCGGCGCUGGCGGCGGCCCUUAUCACCGGCUGCUCUGCACGCGCCUGGACCUCGGCUGCCUGGCCACUGACUGGAACAGGUGCAGCGUUCUCGACCCGGCUACCGGAGCUGUUCACGUCCUGCCGGAGAGGCCGGCAGAGGAGCAUGCCAAUUGUGUCAACUUGAGCAAUCCUUACACCUUCUUCGCGCUCGGCAGGGUCGCCGCCACAGGAGAGCACAAGGUGUUCCGGAUGUUCAACCGGCUUGGUUUCCAUAAUGGCGGCCAGCAGAUCUUUGAGGUGUUCACCAUCAAUGGCGGUACUGAUCAUGCGCGGUGGAGAGGACGGCAGGGCCCUGGUCUCUUCAUUGACGAGUGCAGCGGUGUUGCCGUCAAUGGAGUCGUCUAUUUCUUGACGAGCAGAGUUUAUGAAGGUGCCUGUUGUGGGAUUCGACCGGACUACAUCGUGUCAUUUGACCUUGGAAGAGAGGAGUGGAUGAGAGAUCUCCGAGGCCCGAUAAGUAGCAAUGCUGGAUAUGCGAAGGUGUCACUUUACACGAGACACCAACUUGCUUUGGCAGAACUGAAAGGCUCUCUAGUUCUUGCAGACCACCAUCACCAGCCGUUUACCAUGGACCUAUGGUUUCUGUCGGACUUUAGGAGUGGGCUCUGGGUGAAACAGUACCACAUUAGGAUUGAAUCGUUAAACUUGAGGUCAGCAGAUGAGUACCAUCUUAAACCAUUGUUGGUGUUAGAUGAUGGGAGAUUGGUUCUUUAUCUAGCACCUACAGGACAGGUUGUUCAUAUGUGAUCCAGGAACCAGUAUUUUUAUCCAACUGGAUAUGAGACGUCUUGAUUCAGUUGGUGUGUACACAGGAAAUCUCUUGAAUUCAGAAGAGAGUGAGAGGGUGUAGUAUUGUCAUGACUUCAAUUCAUAGUUACUGUUCUCCUAGCUUUCGGCACUGAAUGUUGUAUGAAUGUUGCUAAUGGUGGAUGGGAUUAUUGUACAUCGGUGUUUGAUGUUGCCAUUUCCUUAUCCCUCUACUACUUUAGAAUUAAAGCAUGCUUGUGCAUAAAUAUUUGAGUAAAUUAUUUGGGUGCAGCGGCACAUGUUUCUGCAGCACCAAGAGUUGUGUGCA